AUGCAAGGAAACUACAGGAAGAUCCAGCCGGCCCCGAGAGACGACGCCGAUGAGAUCGACCGCAAGUUCCGCGUGGCCAAACGUAAGCGUCAGCAUGUCAGGAUAGCCUGUAAUCCCUGCCGCGAAAAGAAACGUGCCUGCAAUGGUAUAGAACCGACCUGUGAUCAGUGUCAAACGCGCAGUCUGGCGUGUAUCUACCGCAUACCCCCCAAAACAGUUGAUUCAACAAUCAAGAUUCAAAAACAGCUUGAUACCCUGCAGCACAGCUUUAACCACUACGCGGAUCUAGUAGAGCAGCUCAAGACACUACCGGAGAAAGAUGCGCUCAAGCUUCUGCAGAGGCUGAGAUCGCCGGCGGAUGUGAAUGGGGCUUUUGCGUCGUUGCAGGGGAGCGUAAAUACCAGGAUACGGCUGUCGAAUCACAGGACGGCGCAGGCUGUAUUACCGACUACGAAUUCAAGGGUUGAGUUUGAACUUACAGCGUUACAUGGCAUUGUAUAUCCGACGUUGGUGCCGAUUGACAUUACCUCUCUUGGGGUUUCGCCUUUGGAAAAACCGGCGCUUCCUACGACGCAGACGGGGACUUUGGUGCACAAGAUAUCGCCGGCGAGUCCUAUUAUCCUUUCGUCAGAUCGGGUUCGUUCACUCUGCGAUAGGCGGCUGGAGGAGGUUGAUAUUUCGUACUGGACAAAGGUUCCGAUCAGCAAUGAAACUGCCGCGGCGAUGAUCUCGCUGUUUCUGGAAACGGACCAGACGAUUGUGGGGUUUGUUGAUGCAGAUUUAUUCGUCGAGAGUCUCGUGGAGCGAAAACCCCAAUUUUGCUCUACAUUUCUCGUCAGCGCGAUAUUAUACGUUGUUUGCCAUGCAUUUACAGCUUUCGAUUUGGAAUCCGUAGCCGUUGGUCGUCUUUGCUUCCAAGAAACGGAAAGGCUCUUUCGCGCUGAGGGCUCGUUCGACGACCUCAUCACCCUAGCGGCUAUCAACACCUUCAGCCUCGCCUGUCGCUUCCAUGGGCAUGAGGGGCUAGCCCAAGAACUUGUUGCUGCUGCUCGCCACAUGGGAAGGAGACUUGGCUUGUACGGUGUCCCGCUGGAUAGUCCGUCAUCGCUGGCGUUCCAAGAGUUGCCUGAUGACUUGGUCCGGAUGACUGCACAUGUUGCCUGGGGCACUUACAACUGGUUAACAAUUCAUGUUUUGUACUUUCACGAUGAGAGUAUAGCGAUACCGCCUGCUCUGCCAAUACCUGGUCACGAACGAGUUGAUGACCCAUGGCCUGAACAUCCGCUACCAGAAUACAUGGGCUCCUCAUUCACCAAGUUGUGCGAGUUCUUCACGGUGAUCCAGGAGGUAGCUGUGGUCUACUCCAUAGCGGACGGGACACCUGUCGUUGAUCGUGUCCCCAUUGCUUUCGCAGAAGCUAAGUACCAGAAGAUUUUAGCCUGGGCGGAUUCUCUCGGCAAAGACAUGGCAUGGGACCAAAACAGCCAAGAACACGUCAUGUUGUUCCAUAUGUGGUUCCACUGCGCAGUUCUGGAUAUCUUUCGUCCCUUCGCCCACGGCGGCCACAAAACCUACACCCUCAGGUCAUUCUCCUCCCAAGACAGCACCCCCAAAACCAUCUUCUCCGCCUCCCUGAACCAACUAAAACGACUUGCCCUGCUCUACCGCACACAGCAAAUGCCCAACAGCUACAUGCCCUAUAUCAACAUAUCCCUAAUCCACAUCGCCAACACAAUCUGCAGAGAAACAAACGACCCCACUGCGAAAUUCUACUUUCUCCUGUGUAUACGUUACUGGCAGCACCUGUAUGUCGGAUAUCCCAUAUUUGGGGGAAUAGCACAGGCGUUCUUGACAAUGGCGAUUAACAACGGGUUGAUCACGAACAGAGAGGCCAAGAGGCUGAUGGCGGAGGUUAAGGGGCAGGGAGGGCAUCAUGAUGAAGGGAUCUCAACGAGUUUGAUUGUGGAUUUUGACUUGGCCAUGACGAAUCGGGAUGAGGCGGAUGUCCAGGCUGUUGCGCAGAAGUUUGAGGAGGUGGCGCUGUUUGAUGAGUUUGCGGUGUACAAGAAGGAGGAUUAG